AUGAUGGGAAUCAGAGCAGCCAUAACACUAUCAGCAAUCCUGGCUGCAGUGCUAGUGAUGGAUUGUGAAGCUGGUGGUGGAAUAUCAAUCUACUGGGGACAGAAUGGGAAUGAAGGAACCUUGGCCGAAACUUGCGCCACAGGAAACUAUCACUAUGUCAACAUAGCCUUUCUGUCAUCAUUUGGCAACGAACAGCCACCGGUGAUCAACCUUGCAGGCCACUGUGAUCCAACCAACAGCGGCUGUGCCGGUCUAACUUCUGACAUCAAGUCAUGCCAAGCUAAAGGGGUCAAGGUCUUGCUGUCCAUCGGCGGAGGAGCUGGAGAUUACUACCUCACAUCGAAACAAGACGCAGAGCAGGUUGCAACUUACCUCUGGGACAACUUCUUCGGUGGUUCUUCAUCUGCUAGGCCACUCGGCCCGGCUGUGCUCGAUGGGGUCGACUUCGACAUCGAAGGGGGAACGAACCAGCACUGGGAUGAUCUGGCUAGGUUCCUGAAAUCACACGACGAAAACAUCAUACUGACAGCAGCUCCACAGUGCCCGUUCCCUGAUGCUUGGAUAGGGAGUGCACUUCAGAGUGGCCUGUUUGACUAUGUUUGGGUUCAAUUCUACAACAACCCUCCUUGCCAGUACUCUUCUGGGAGUGUCACGAACCUUGAAGAUGCUUGGAAGCAAUGGACCUCCGCCAUUCCUGCUAAGAAGAUCUUCCUGGGGCUGCCUGCUGCUCCUGAUGCUGCUGGGAGCGGAUUCAUCCCCGUGAGCGACCUCGAAUCGCAGGUGCUACCUGCAAUCAAGGACAGUUCCAAGUACGGUGGUGUGAUGCUGUGGUCGAAGUUCUAUGAUGAUCAAACUGGAUACAGCAAAUCCAUCAAGAACUCUGUCUAA